GGCUAAUCGAGACUGAGAGUCAUCGAGAUCAAACUAACGAGUAAAAAGGGGUUUUUAAAUCGUGAGAUUGUGAGUAGAAAAAUAACUAGAUAUUUAAGUCAUAUACCAAAUCCAAUAACUACAGUUAACAGGAAAAUCAAAGUACAAACCAAACACCAAGGCCAAGGAAGAUUUGAUAUUCUUACUGAGUUGGUUCAGAAGCUAAUUCAAACAUUUCCACAAUCCAGAACAAUAGCAGCAUCAAUAGUUCUGAGAAUACGGAUCAAUGAUCGUUUGGCAAAAUGACGAAUGAAGACGUUACAGCAAAGAAUACCCCAAGCAUCGAAGCUGCUGAAUGCAGACUGUCCGUGCACAGCUUUUCAGAGCAACUACUGGAUCAAGAGAUUUUCUUUCAUGUGACCAAGAUGAAGGACAGCUUCAUGUUAUGGAUUGGAAAGAAGCCAGCGAGCUUGAAAAACUUUGCAGUUGCCAUCAGUACUAAAUUUAAUAGUGAACCAAGUAGUAGUAUGUUAAUGGGUGAAGUUACAGAUGUUCAACCUACAACUCUGGCUCAAAAAUUAGCAAAGUCCACCGGCAAACAGGUCUUUGUGAGUUGCAAUCUUCCUAUGGCAGAUCCACUGAUGCUUUCCCUUGUGGAUAAAAGAUUAACGGAGGAAAUGAAAGCCAAUCCAGACAAAUUCUGACCGAGACAGCAAAGACUGUGCCACAAGAGACAUUCCAGUCCAGUAGACAAGUGGAAUUAUUUAUCCUCCUGGAUGGUUUCAGUACUUUUACCAAAUACCUGUACAUUUGGAUUGUUUGAAAUCAUGUGAUGUUCAUG